UGAUAAACAUCAUUGUGCAAAGAACAUUUCUUGCGAGCAGUCGCCCUUGGAGUGAGUUGAUCAAGAAGCCAACUGAUACGGCUUGACGUACAAUGACAAUGUUAUCGUUAUUUGCUGUUCUACUGGCACUGUCAGGAACAAUUCACGGCCGAUUACUUCCACGUAAGGAGAUCGUCCUGGACAAAAAACACGCAUUUAACUUUUUUGGGUUUUUCAAUGACAUCGACCACGAGUGCUAUGAAGAGGGAUGUACAUUCGGUGAGGUUGUAGAUCAUUAUGGAUACUCGGAAAAGUCGUACGAAUAUUGGAACACCUACCAAUGCAAGCAAUUUCAAAAGGAUUGUGAAGAUGUCGCUUGCCGCGGCAAUUCCCUUGGAAUGGAAGAUGAUACAAUCUCUGGCGGAGGAAUACUUGCCUCAUCGUGGUAUUCACCAUAUGUGGAUUACGCUCCAUCUCAAGGACGACUGAACAACGAGGACGGCUCUUGGUGUCCAAACAAGCCUGACGAAGAUCCAAAUCCAUAUCUCCAGAUUGAACUUCCUCAGCGUUCUGGAGUCUGCGCAGUAGCCACGCAGGGAUCUUCUCAAUACGAUACAGAUUACGUCACGAAAUACGAGAUUCAGACGUCACUGGACAGAGAGAACUGGGAAACAUACAAGGAAAAUGGUACAAACAAGGUUUUUACCGGGAACUCUAACGCCAAGGACAUGUUAAAAGACAACCUGGAUGAACCUGUCCUAGCCCUCUUUGUCCGGUUUGUCCCCAAAGAAUGGAGCAACUGGCCGUGCAUGCGCGUUGAGGUUUAUGGCAAACCUGCCAACUGCACUGUAAGGACAACGGACAACAAAUGUUGUGUUUUUCCAUUCUUGUACGAAGGAGAAAGACACUUUACCUGUGCUUCGACUUUCUUUGGAGAGAAGUGGUGUGCGACAACAUAUAACUAUGAUGAGGAUGAAGAAUGGGGAGAGUGCUUAGCAUGA